UCGGCGCGGGCGGCGGAGCCGCGGACCGUUUUAGUUCUGCCGUUGAAUACACAGACUGGGCACUUCUUCAUCAGUCCUCUUCAGUCAUCCUGUUACCGGUGGGAGAUUCUGCAUUGUGUGAAUGGAGGUCUCAGUUCUUGGCUUCCCCAGGAGAAGAUUUAUGUGCGGAUCCACACUUGCUCUGGAAUAAAGGUGGCCAGACGGAAAGUAGCAAGCACGAAGCAGUUUAUUAAGGACAGUACAUCCUCAAGUUUUAAUUCUGAUUGCUGUACCAUUGAUAUCUGAGCCAAAGUGGUGAUGCGACUACCUGAGGGACAUUUCUGCAACCCGUAAGUCAACACUUACACGAUUGUGAGCCAUGCCUUUAGUGAAGAGGAACAUCGAGCCCCGGCACUUGUGCCGGGGAGCCCUGCCGGAGGGGAUUACCAGUGAACUUGAAUGUGUAACCAACAGUACCCUUGCUGCUAUCAUACGCCAGCUCAGCAGUCUAAGCAAACAUGCUGAAGACAUAUUUGGUGAGCUGUUUCAUGAGGCUAACAACUUCUACAUCAGAGCAAAUUCUCUUCAAGACAGAAUUGAUCGCCUCGCUGUCAAAGUUACCCAGCUGGAUUCAACAGUGGAAGAGGUGUCACUACAGGAUAUCAACAUGAAAAAAGCUUUCAAAAGUUCCACAGUCCAAGACCAGCAGGUGGUUUCAAAGAACAGCAUUCCUAAUCCCGUUGCUGACAUUUACAACCAGAGUGAUAAGCCACCUCCUCUGAAUAUUCUUACGCCGUACAGAGAUGAUAAAAAGGAUGGGCUGAAGUUCUACACAGAUCCUUCCUAUUUCUUCGACCUCUGGAAAGAAAAAAUGCUCCAGGACACGGAAGACAAAAGGAAGGAGAAAAGGCGUCAAAAGGAGCAAAAGCGUAUAGAUGGCACAACCCGUGAGGUGAAAAAGGUUAGGAAAGCCAGAAACAGGCGCCAGGAGUGGAGUAUGAUGGCAUAUGACAAAGAGCUUAGACCCGACAACAGGCUGUCUCAGAGUGUGUACCACGGAGCGUCUUCCGAGGGAUCCCUGUCCCCAGACACUAGGUCGCACGCGUCGGAUGUCACAGAUUACUCUUACCCGGCGACCCCCAACCACUCUCUGCAGCCGCAGCCCGUGACCCCUUCUUACGCGGCCGGCGACGCACCACCGCACGGGCCGGCAGCCCAGGCCCCCGAGCAUGAGUACCGACCCCCCUCCGCCUCGGCGAGGCACAUGGCGCUGAACAGACCCCAGCAGCCGCCGCCGCCACCCCCACCGCAGGCCACAGAGGGGUCCCAGGCCUCCGCGCCCAUGGCGCCAGCAGACUACGGGAUGCUCCCAGCACAGAUCAUUGAGUAUUACAACCCCUCAGGACCGCCGCCUCCUCCGCCGCCCCCCAUGAUUCCUUCAGCACAAACUGCCUUCGUCAGCCCUCUCCAGAUCCCCAUGCAGCCCCCCUUCCCUGCCUCUGCGGGCUCCUCCUACGCGCCUCCUCCCCACCCUCCCGCCACGGGGCUCGUGGUCACGGCCCCGCCGCCUCCGGGCCCACCGCCGCCCCCGCCGGGUCCUCCUGGCGCAGGGUCUUCUCGAUCCUCCUCCCCGAUGCACGGCCCCCCAGCAGCCGAGGCGAAGCGCCAGGAGACGGCACAGCCACCCAUAAGCGAUGCUCGAAGCGAUCUGCUUGCCGCCAUUCGAAUGGGGAUUCAGCUGAAGAAGGUGCAGGAGCAGCGUGAACAAGAAGCCAAGCGCGAGCCAGUUGGGAACGACGUGGCCACGAUUCUGUCCAGACGCAUCGCCGUGGAGUACAGCGAUUCUGACGACGACUCCGAGUUCGACGAGAACGACUGGUCCGACUGAGGCGGGGCGCGUGCACAGGUGGACGGCGUGGGGGCAGGGCUGCUUGCCGGCAGGAGACCGUGCGUCGGAAAAUGUCUCGCAAAUUUUGUGGUCUCCGCACCCACGUAGUGGUAUUAUAACCCUGUAGCUUAGCAACUUUUGUAUUAAUAAUGUGAUAUUGCUUUUGCACAUCCAAAAAUUCUGGGUUUUUUCAGUAUUUACUGUGUAAUACUUAAGUGCCACUACACAUAGCAAAUUGUGCUGCACACGAGGAAAUAUGCUGUAACUAUUGCAUUGUCCCGAAAACGGCAUUUUGCUUCCUUUUUCUUGGCCGUGAGCGUAUUUAGUGCAGUUUGGUUUUCCUCCUUUUGGUCGCUAUAAUUCUGCAGACUUGCUGCGUGUUUGUGAAGCUGCCUGGUGUUAGGUCUUUGCAAGAUUAAUGACCGUGUGUCAGAGUGAUGUCUUCCAAUCAGUAAGUGAUACCGUUUCACCUUCGUUUUGUUCUGUUUUGUUUUAAAUGUGUUUCAGAAGAAGUUGGUUCUAGAGGGAAGGACUCGGCAAGUAAGGAGGAUCCGGUGUUUCUGCUCGCAGUGUCUGGGCUCGUGCCUCUGUGUGACUCGGAACGAUCUGUUAGAUAAUUCCGUUUCCUUUGCACCGGCCCUUUGCAGGCAGGGUUCCCUGCGGGCGUUCCCUUGGUCCCUGCCUGUCGGCAAUUGCCAUUAAGAGGUUUGGGCAGCUGCGCAGUGAUGGACAUGAACAGCGGGGUUCUUCUUCCGUCAGGGCCAUGGGGUUGUGACGCUGGAAAUGUGUGACAGCGCUUACAGCCUUGGGUGCCAGCCAGCCAGCACAGACACGGUGGUCCGGGACCCCCGGACCUCAGGGAGAGGGCUUCCCGUGGCCCCUCGCGCCGCGUGCUCUGAAGUUUAAAAGCUCAGAUGGAGGUGGACGUAGAUGCUGGCAGCUACUUGCUUUUCCCGGUGCCGCGGCCACAUUAGGGAUCCAUCACCCGAGCGGGGCCGUGGCCCUGCUCCCAGAAGCACACGGUUCUCUUUCCUCACGUGGCCGUCGGCACAGGGAAUUUUCAAAAGUACCUCAGGUCAGAGUAGGCUCCUGGCUGCACCGGAUCACUUGCCCCUCGCCUUCGCCCUUCCCGCUCUGCUUCCCACACGGCAAUACGACCGAGCCAUGGGGUUGAUCUUCCUGAGGAAGGCAGACUGCUGGAACGCUCCCGGAUGGCAGCUUACGUCUUAGAAUUUGGGGUGAGGGAUCGCUGCUUGUUCGGAACAAAUAAACGCCCCCGGGCUUUGAUUCUAGAUACGACGUCACAAAUAACACUAAGACACUUUACGUACUAGGGAUUCUUACCCGAGUACAGCAUUUCUCACGGAUGGCGGUUACUCGUGACUCUCGGUCGUGACAAAGGAGUCUUCAGCUCAAGGCAGAGCUGGCUGGUUCACGGUGGUCGUCUCAGCAGGACCAUGACCGAUGGGUUUUUGUUACUGAGUCCUCCUGAGGACCUCAGCGGCACCCUCGAACCGGGUCUCUGCGUCCCUGUGUGGACGUUUACGUGGCUUGUGGGCGUUCAUCCUAUAAAGCCGAUACCUUGAAUUUUAAUCACGUAGAGUUGGAGACUCUGAAAAGCCUAAUGUCUGUGUCCCCUUCCCAAGACCAUCCCUCUCACAUGAGGUUACCUGAGUCUUUUCAGCGGGACUAGCUAUUUUGACACAUGCUUCUCGAGUUUCCGUUUCUUGGAGCUGGACGCCAUAAUUUUACCGAUUACAAGCAGUAGUUAGUAAUGAACUUUUAAAUUUCUCCCUUUGAUUUCUCUCCCUUUAUUUCAGUGUAAAGGCCUCCUGUGUUGGCAUUAUUCUUGGGACUUUUACCAUUUGUACUCCUCUUUUGUCUUUAUUACAAUAUUUUGUUUUUAUUGUUACUUUUGGAGUAGGAAUUACUUGCACAAUUCUAGAACUUCUAUCUGGUAACGCUUCUUUGUUUUUUAUGUCCCUUCUGUUCUCAGGACGAAGAGAACACAUAAAGCUACUACCCAUGUCAGAAUUUCUUCUAUUUAUAUCUUAUUACAAUAAAAUUACUGGCACUUUAUUCAUAAAUAUUCAUAAGCCUAUUAAUUAUUAGUCGUCUUCCUGUAGUGGAAUCAACAAGUCACUUUCAGCUUGAUUUUCCGACUAGUGAAAAACCUUUUGCCCUAGGGUGUCACAUAGCCUUUAACAGAAUGGAAAAGGACUAAAUUUCCAUUUCGAUUAUUUUUACAGUAUUUUUCUCAGCACAUCGGAUUUCUUCGAAAAUUUAAAUCCAGACUUUUUCUAGUGUGCUAGUACAUGAAGAGGAAAAAGUGAAUAUUUUGAAUUUGCAGUUUUCCAUUUUCAAAAAAUAUUUACCAAAACAAACGGAGAAGGACAUUCAAAAGGGUAUCUCAUAGCUGUGAAUUUUACGUUUUAAAGUAGUAGUCAUCUAUUGUAAGGUUAUUUUAAAUCAUCCUCCGUUUUGUUCCCCCUCGUGUAUUUUAGAUUCAUUUCUGAUCAGCUUUUUUCUCACAUCAUAGAUUAGGCAGAGGGAAUGAGAAGACUGCUCGGUACCACACACAUUAGCUACACAAACACAACGUGGUUGCUUUUCCAUUGGUGGCCCCAGACCAUAGGAUUUGGUACACUUCUGGUUUUCCUUUCGUGAAAGUAUACUGUUAGGAAAUUAACAUUUUCAUUUCAGUAAAUGUUUAGAAUAUCAACAUCUUUUCUGAGCACCAAGUGGCUAGGCUGUGAAAGUUUUGUAAUAAUUUGCAACGGAAAUACACGAUACAUUUGAAUCCAUUGAAGACUAGUGGGAAUGUAUCAGCCAGAGUAGCAAGUAAGUUUUGUUUUAUAAAUCAGAGUAUCUGUCACCUUGCAGUAUUAUUACCAAUGCUGUUGUAAAUUGAAUUGAAAAUGGUAUUAAAAAAAAAAAACAACCUCCUGUUAAACAAUUUUUAUCUGUUUGUAUAUCUUACUAUAGAUUAUGUACAAGUAACAUCUAAAUAAAAUUACACUUUUAACCCUAAAA